UCUCUCUCUCUCUCUCUCUCUCUGGUCUACACGAUGUCGUUGCGUAGGUCGUUCGUAUCACGUCGAACCAGCAGCCGGUCCAAAUCGUUUAAGGAAUUGACGACCUUAUCAAAACCGCCGGAAAUUAACAUUGCUGCUGUUCCCGGAGACGACGACGUUGUCGGCGAACAGAACGGCGGUGAGAAUAAUGGACGAGAUUCGUGGUCUAAUAUGUUGCCAGAGCUCUUAGGCGAGAUAAUCAAACGAGUGGAAACGAGCGAUGACCGGUGGCCGCUCCGGAGAAAUCUGGUUGCUUGUGGAUGUGUUUGUAAAAGCUGGAGAGAAGUUACGAGAGAGAUCGUAAAGCCUCCUGUUCACAGCGGGAAGAUCACAUUCCUUUCAUGUCUUAAGCAGCCUGGUUCACGUGAUUCUCCAAUUCAAUGCCUGAUUAAAAGAAACAAGAAGAACUCAGUGUUUUACCUCUAUCUAGCUGCUACUCCAUCAUUUACAAACAAAGGUAAGUUUCUUUUAGCUGCAAGAAGAUACAGACAUGGUGCUCACAUGGAAUACAUAAUAUCACUUGAUCCAGACGAUUCAUCUCAAGGAAGCAAUGCUUAUGUUGGUAAAUUAAGGUCAGAUUUUCUUGGCACAAAGUUCACAAUAUACGACAGCCAACCACCAAACAAUGGUGCAAAACACUUAAGUAGCAAAUCUGUGAGGCGAAUUGCAAGCAAACAAAUAAGCCCACAAGUUCCAUCAAGCAACUUUGAAAUUGGAGAAACUUCAUACAAAUUCAACCUUUUAAAAUCAAGGGGUCCAAGAAGAAUGGUGUGUUCUCUAACAUCCACAUCACCAGAUCAACAGUUUGACUCUGGUCAAACUCAAACCCUUUUGAGAAACAAAGCUCCAAGGUGGCAUGAACAUUUGCAGUGUUGGUGCUUGAAUUUUCAUGGGCGGGUGACAGUUGCAUCGGUUAAGAAUUUUCAGUUGGUUGCAACAUUGGACCCGAGUCAACCGGGUGGGAAAGGUGAUGGUGAAACGGUUUUGCUUCAGUUUGGAAAAGUUGGUGAUGAUAUGUUCACCAUGGAUUAUAGACAACCAUUGUCGGCUUUUCAUGCAUUCGCCAUUUGCUUGACUAGUUUUGGGACAAAGCUUGCAUGCGAAUAAUAAUGGCAUCAUGCGUUUGAUUUAAUUUUAGGAGUUUUGAUGUAUAUAUGAUCU